AUGGUGGGUGGUCUAGAAGAGAUACAGAAGAAGCCAAGGUUCUAUUUGACCUCCCCAAAGGAGAGACCUUUAAUUGGCCAUUUUGCUGUGGGCCUGAUUCCUCAGAGCUGCUGUCAUUUGGGGCACCCUGGGGGGCUCUUUUCCUUCCUACUGCUGCUACUAUCAAGGGAUGCCCCAAAAUCGGAGGUGCCCAGGGCUGCUGCUGAGGGUCCAGGAGACAAUGGGAUUGGUCUAAGAGAUUGUUUCAAGAUUUAGGGGCAUGCAGUUGUUUCAGGAGUGAAGCCUCAGGACUGGAUCUCUGUGGCCUGCAUGCUGGUAGACAGAGAAGAGCAUGUUGGUUUCCUUAAGACAGGUAGGAGUUUUGUGGUUCAUGAUAUUCCCUCUGGCUCUUAUGUGGUAGAAGUUAUUUCUCCAGCUUACAAGUUUGAUCCUGUCCGAGUCGAUAUCACUUCAAAAGGAAAAAUGAGAGCAAGAUAUGUGAAUUACCUCAAAACAUCAGAAGUGGUCAGAUUACCCUAUCCUCUCCAAAUGAAAUCUUCAGGUCCACCUUCUUCAUUUGAUUUUAUUUUC